AUGGGUGUGAAGUUCCGCGCGGGUGUGUACGUGCAAGGUGUUCUGCUGCAUGGCGACCACAACGAGCAAGUACGUGGGUUGCAAACGUCGGAGGGGGUUAUUGAGUUCGAUCCGGCCACCACAGAUGUAGUAGUGGCAGCGGGUAGCUGGACACCCUUGUUGCUGAGGAAGCUGGGCUUGUACGUGCCUGUGUACCCGAUGAAAGGCUAUAGUCUACUGACCGAUUUGGGCGACAUAGAGGCGUCUCCGUCACAGCUGCAUCUGCCGCGUGGUGUGGUAGUGGAUGGUCCAGUGUGGUCUGUUAAAUACCACAACGAGCUAAGGGUGACGUCCAUUGGUAAGACUAGUGGUCGAGGGGGGAAAACCGGGCAUCCAUUCAAUUACAUUUUAGGAGAAGUUGUACGCUCAUGUGUUUCUCCGAGGGAAGUAACGUAG